CUCGCGCCGCUGCUACGCCACGCCCGGGCCGCGGAAUUUUGCCCCCGGCUGGAAUGGGGUGCUUGGGCAGCCCGGGGUCUCCGCUGCGACGACUGUAGAGAAGCCUUGGGGAACCGGCUGACCUCUGGAACGCCGGUCUGAGGAGGGGCCCCGCGUCAGCGUCAUCCCGGCGGUCCGCGGUGGUCCAAGCACAGUUCUCCCGGAACUGUGCUUCACCUGGCGACCUUGAACUCUGGGUGACGCCUGGCCUGUGGGAUAGCUCCUGCCUGCAGAUACACCCCCGUUCUGCCUCACCCCAGGCUUCAGAUGCUCCAAGUUGUGCUGUACCAAGGACCGAGAGCUGCAAGGCAGGGACGGAGCUCGAGCCACAUUUCCAGUGCUCACUGUUGAGGACAUUUAUGAGCAUUUUGGUGUAUGGAAAAACUCUCCAUGUUCCAACCAGUGUGUAUCCAGAGGUUUUAAAUAAAAUUAUGUGUCAACCAGCCCACUAUACACCGAAUGACUCAGAGUCUCAUGGAUUUCUAAAUUACAUUUGCCCAGGAAGUACCAUGGCCCUGGCUAUAUUGACUCCUGGGUGGUUGCGAAGUUCUGUGGAAGCCAUCUGCACUCAGGCAGUUUCUUGGAGGUUGACAACCAGCACUUUGCGUCACCUUAUGCUGACCAGCAUAAUGAGAUCCCAAAAGAAAAGUGAUCACUUGGAGAGAACUGCGAGUGUCCUUCGACGGGAGGUGGUGGCAGCGGCUAAGGUGUGUGGAACUACAGACGAGUCACCGUCAGUGAAGAGCCUCCACUUGCUUGUUGCUGAUACCAAUUUUUCCUUUAAGGCUGGCCAGUGGGUUGACUUCUUUAUCCCAGGAGUCUCGGUGGUUGGUGGGUUUUCAAUAUGCUCCAGUCCCAGACUGCUUGAACAAGAGAGAAUGAUAGAAUUGGCAGUGAAAUACACAAACCACCCUCCUGCUGUCUGGAUUCACAAUAAGUGUGCACUCAACUCUGAAGUGGCUGUGAGAGUGGGUGGAGAGUUCUUCUUUGACCCUCAGCCCACAGAUGCCCCUCGAAACCUCGUGUUGAUUGCGGGAGGAGUUGGAAUUAACCCCCUGCUUUCCAUUCUGCGCCACUCAGCAGAUCUCCACCGAGAGCGGGCAGAGAGAGGAAAUGGGUAUGAGAUAGGGACAAUAACGCUCUUCUACAGCGCAAAGAAUACCAGCGAGCUCCUGUUUAAGAGAAAUAUACUCGAUUUAGUAAAUGAGUUUCCUGAGAAGAUUGCAUGCCGUUUGUAUGUUACAAAACAGACGACACAAAUCAGUGCAGAACUCAAGCCAUACAUCAUGGAAGGAAGAAUGACAGAGAAGGAGAUAAGAGAUCAUAUUUCAACAGAGACUCUGUUCUAUAUUUGUGGCCCACCUCCAAUGACGGACUUUUUCUCCAAACAACUGGAAAAGAACCACGUUCCCAAAGAACACAUUUGCUUUGAGAAGUGGUGGUAGGGAGUGGGGCACAGUCUCCAAAGCAGAGCCACUCAGGAGAGGAAGAGAUGCCGUUUGGUAUCAUCUGUGGACUUUCUUCUGUUUGACCUGCCUUAUUUUAAGGCUGUGAACUAAGUGAUCAUCAGAGACUGAAAGAAAAGCCAGCAGCAAGACAACACAGUAGAUUUCUAUAGACUUCAUUGAUCAAGGAGUUUUUUUACAAUACUGAUUUUCUUUCGUUAAUACCUAUUUAAUUAUUUCAUGAUAUUCCAUGAACCGGUUAAUACAGACUUUUCUUUUGCCCUUUUCCUAGAGGGAAAGGUGAUAUGUACUCGUAUUUAAUUACAGGAAAAUGUGAGGAGAUUUUGUAUAAACUGUAGACCUCUUUAAAUUAUUGGCCAGAAAUUCAUAUAUCUUAUGUCUAGGGAAUUUAUCAUUUUAAAUACAUUCUUAAUAAUUUUA